AUGCAGAGGCCGUGCCUCCUGGCCUGUUACAGAUACCGCCCCUCAUCUCGUACUCAGGAGUUGCCGGAGGAAGUGAGGACGGCACUCAGGAAUGCGCGUGUGCUGGAUGCAGCGGGCAACAACCUGCAGAGCAUCCCGGACUGGGUGCUCGAAGCCAGCAGCCUUAAGCGCCUGCUCCUGCAGAGCAACGCACUGCGUCACCUACCGUCUGGGCUGUCCCAGCUUCGGUCCCUCCGCGUGCUAAACUUGGCCAGCAAUGCCCUCACGCACCUGCCGGAUCUCCAAGGCCUGGUGCUCCUACAGGUCCUCACUCUCUCUCAGAAUCACCUGGAGGAGGUAGACCCCAGCAUCGGAUGCCUCACAGCCCUCACGCAGCUCGAUGUGUCCGGCAACAAGCUGACCAGGCUGCCGCCCAACUUGGGCAAGUGCGUGGCCCUGACAGAAGUGCUUGCUUCUGACAACAGGCUCGUGGAGGUCCCCACCGAGCUGGGCCGACUACAAAAGCUCCAGACGCUGAACCUGGAGCGAAACUCCUUGGCCGUCAUCCCGCCAGCCGUGCUGGUGGGCUGCAUCUGCCUGCAGACGCUCCUGCUCCAGGGCAACCCCCUCACGUCGGAGCAGCUCGCGGCCACUGAGGGGUAUGCAGACUAUGAACAGAGGCGGCAGAGGAAGUAUGACAAAGUGCUCGCCUGCGAUAUCGACCUGCUGAACCCUCCUAAGGAGCUGGAGAAGCGCAAGCACAAGCUUCACCGCCUGGUUGCCUCCCCAAACUCCUACUUCAUGGAUGUCAAGUGCCAGGGGUGCUUCAACAUCACCACCGUGUUCAGCCACUCCCAGACCGUGGUGGUGUGCACUAACUGCAACACCGUCCUGUGCGUCCCUACCGGCGGAAAGGCUCGUCUGACCGAGGGCUGCUCUUUCCGGCGGAAGGCUGACAGCUGA